CUCCUUUGGGUUGAGUCUAUCGACUGCGCUCUGGACGUAGUCCGCGGGAACGACAUUUCUCGCGAGAGCAGGGCCGCUAUUUCUGCGCGUGCGUAAAGUGCCCUAACCUUUUUCUGGUACUGCGGCGCGAGGAACCAUGAGCAGCAAAGUCUCUCGCGACACCCUGUACGAGGCGGUGCGGGAAGUCCUGCACGGGAACCAGCGCAAGCGCCGCAAGUUUCUGGAAACGGUGGAGCUGCAGAUCAGCUUGAAGAACUAUGAUCCCCAGAAGGACAAGCGCUUCUCGGGCACCGUCAGGCUUAAGUCCACUCCCCGCCCUAAGUUCUCUGUGUGCGUCCUGGGGGACCAGCAACACUGUGACGAGGCCAAGGCUGUGGAUAUCCCCCACAUGGACAUCGAGGCAUUGAAGAAGCUCAACAAGAAUAAGAAGUUGGUCAAGAAGCUAGUACUAUGUCUGGCUGUUGCUGUUGGUCAUGUGAAGAUGACAGAUGAUGAGCUUGUGUAUAACAUCCACCUGGCUGUCAACUUCCUGGUGUCAUUGCUCAAGAAGAAUUGGCAGAAUGUCCGGGCUUUAUACAUCAAGAGCACCAUGGGCAAGCCCCAGCGCCUGUAUUAAGGCACAUCCUAAUAAAUCCUAGUGCUACCAUC